AGGCCAAUGCAGCUACUCUCUCUUCUUUGGAUGAAAAAUGUGUUUACACAAUCGUCCUCCCUCUCGUCCUUCCAUAUCCUACUAAAAACAUUGGUCGAAAGUUUCCCACUAUAAUACGCUACUCUAAUAAUGCCUGCUUUUAGAAAUAGAAGAUGACGCGAACGGUGGUUGCUGGAGACUCAUUCACGUUGUGAUAGUGUUUUCGCACCACCUCUAUUUUCUUCAUGAUGUCCUGCCUAUCUUCUCACUGUUGGAAGUAGGCGUUGUGAAAGAUGUCUGUGUGCAUUGAGCGUCUUUGUCAUAUGCUAAAUGUUUUGUUGAAUGUUGAAUAAAGCAUAGGGUUGUAGUUUGCCUUUGCCUGGUUUAGUUUUCUGGGUCUUGGAUUUGAAUGCAGUUUGUUCAUUUGGUUUCUGGACCUUCGAAUCAUCUAUCAAAGUAUUAAAUAAAAACUUGUAAUCUGCAGUCUGCACUGAACGUUGUGCGAGAUUUAUUGGAUUGUAGUGUAUUGUUUGAGUAAGAGAACGUAAUAAUAAGGGAAGAUGACGGAUGCGGAACGACCGGUGGGUUUGUUGUACCCCGCUCCUUAUGCGCAAAAUUACGCUGAUAACUACUUGAAGGCAGAAGGGGGAGUGCAUCCGCAGGGUAGGAAAUCGUUUACGCAACAGAUCCUCUUGAGUGAUUUCGACCGCAUCUUGUUGGACAUUGAUGACUGCUUGGCUGCCUGCGUACAGGAGCGGCGCAUGGACGCUGCUACCACCCCAUCGCGAUGCCAAGGCCAGCUUUUAGAGUAUAUUGACUUUCUGCGGGAUCUGCUGGAGGAGUUUUUGCUGUUGCGCGACGCCGCCGCGUCGGCCCGGGUCUUUGGGGGAGACUGUCACAGGCUAGCGCACAUUUGCGCUCUGCUGGAUUGCUCUGUGUUGGGGAGCCGCGACGCUCUCCUUGCGGCGAUGGGACACAGAGAUCCUAACGCAGAAGCGCGCAGCAAAAGCCACUGGCCGCGGAAAAUGGUCCACGACAAGCGCUGGAAAAAGUGUCGCCUGAUCGUGGAUGUGCUCUGCGAAGUGAUCCGACAGCAGGGUUACGGGGACCAACUUGAAAAAGCGUUGCUUCUGGAGCACCGACUGGUGCGGAGCGUUAUUAUGCGCUACGCGGGUGCGAUGGGUUUCGCAUCCCGCGACGUGGCAUUUCGCGCACCGCAAGAGGGCGGCGCGUCCAUCAUACCCAUGGCCCCCGGAGGUGGCAUAAAGCAUGGCCAGUUUGUGUAUGGAAACAACGCGGCCAACCGGCACAAGGAAAAGAUGCUAGAAGAGGAGAAAGGAGGGGGCGUAGAUGUUCAGGGAAGAGUUAAUGACGUAGAAUUCAAACCGAUAGGGGACAGUGCCUUGCACGCGAUGCACGCACAGACGGAAGCGGGGCUCGCCGAGAUGCGCAACCUAAUCGAGAAGAUGGCGAAGUAUAACCAAGUCGGGCUGCCGGAAGACAGCAGAGAGAUUAUAUCGUUUCCGGCGCUGCCUUACCCCACUGAGCUGCUAGAGACGGGUAUGGCCCCCCCAAUGAUGAUCGACCUCACCACGGGAAAGCCGAUUCCAAUAGAGGGGAGUGAAAAGGAUGGGAAGGGUAAAAAGAAAAUACAAAAUGCCACUGGCAAGCCGACAUUAGGAUACACCUGGUGGGACCCGGACAAGGCGUUGCCGGCGCCAAGCUUCACGGUUAAGGACGUGAAUUUGUACGAGACUGAGAAGGACCGCAGGGAACGCGAGAGGAAGGAGGCGGGGAAGCCGCGUAAGCACUAUGCGCUUCCCGGCCAGGAAGAGGAAGAGUCGAGUGAUGCGGCGGACUCUGUGGUGGGCUACGAGGGUUUUAGCAGCGCCUACGCGAAAACGAAAACAGGAGAGAGACUGACUCGUCCGCUGACGGUGAAGGAGCUACUUGUGCCCCGGGGCCCGUAUCCGACCAUGAAGCUGUGGGACGGCGGCCGGAAAGCGCACGGCUUCCCGAAGCCGCCCGACGUGCCCUACGUGGAACCGGACGUGGACCAGGUGAGCAUGAAGGAUACAGGUGGUAAGGUAACAGGUUUCCGGUUAGGAGAGCAUCUCUCAUUGAAGGAUUUAAUGGCUACCACGUCGAAGAUGAUGCUCAUGACUUUGGACGCGUGCGAGAAUAUCGCCUCUCUCCGGCAGAUUGACCCUCCGCAGGCCUUCGGUACCCCAGGUGAUUGGGUCAUCUACCAGAUCAAAAGGGUGCAAUUCAACGACAACUCCCUCAAAAGACUGCAGCUGGGUAACUAUUUUGCUGACAUCAUUUGCUUUAUAUAUAAGUACUCGUACUUUUUUUCGAGAAUACUUCUUCAGACCUAAAUCAAGAUUCUAGUUACUUAGUUGCUAUACUGACACGAAUGGUCGAUGUCAUCUUCGAUAAUUUUUCAUACCUAGUUUUCCGACGCCGACCAGCAGAGGUUUGCCCUUUAUUAAUCAAUGUGGCUGUCCUCGAUGCCUCAAAUCUGGCGAUUCUCGAAGUUUUGUGCUUUCACAAAAUAGGUAGUGACAACGGGCACAAAUAACACUGAGUUUCCAACACUUGAAGCAUUUAGUUUUGUUCAUCAUAUGAUUCAACAUGAAACACUUUUCAAUUCGGUGACGGUGUACUCAGUUGCUCGACUUCUACGAACAUUCCAUUCUACCUCCCUGCCGCCACCUCCUCGCAGAUGUUGAUUGUCAUUCGUCUACCUCCUUCCCUUUGCUCUCCACCAGAUUCCAUUUCGUUACCGACGGCUUCGACCUCGAAUAUUGUGCCGGAUUUGAUCUCGGCGAUGCAUACGAAUACGUUCAUCCAAUUCCUGUCCAUCAAUGAUGCGGACUUGCCCAGUGCGGUCGGGACAGCCUUCGCUUCGGUGCUCGUGCACAACUCGACGCUGAAGGAGCUUUCGCUGGAAGGGAACCAGUUCGACCAGUUUUCGCUGAUGGCCCUGGCGGAAAGUUUAAAGGAGAACGUGCGGUUGGAGCGGCUCUCCUUGUCGAACAACCCGGGCAACAGCAGUGCGCGCUACAAGCAGGUGGAGGUGGCCUUCAUGAACGCGUUGGUGGAGAACGACCGGCUGACGCACUUGGGUUUGACGCUGCACGAUCCCACGUGCCGCAAGAAAAUCGACGACGCCCUGUUGUACAACUCGAUGCGGUGGCGCAAGCCGAUCGUUGCUAUCAACAACAUGCCGGUGGAAACGCAGGUGCAGAUGACCAAGAUCACGCUUCAGAAGCGCAUGCGCGGAGGGCCGAGGCGCGACAAGGCGGGUCGCUUUCAGAUGACGCGCGCGAAGCGUGAGCUCAAGAUCGGACAGCGCAGACAGGCUCGCAGGGAACAGCGGAAGCGCUCCAGUUCCCAUAGUACUGGCGAAAGUGACGACGACGAUGGCAGUUCUGAUGGUGAUGAUGACGGAGGAGACGACGAGGAGAAGGGAAGUGACGAUGAUGAUGGCUCUGAUGAGGAGAAAGGAAGUGACGAUGGUGAUGAGGACAAGAGUGGCGUACCCGGAAGCGACGCUUCUGAAGUUAGCGCUGUUUCCAAGAUGAAAAGCAGCGAUGGUGAUAGUGAUGACGACGACGACAGUGAUGAUAGUGAUGAUGGCAGUGAUUAA